GUUGACUCAAAGAGGAUUGGGCAGGAUUGGGUUGGCUAAUGCAAAUCUUCCAGUCGGCGUUUCUCAGCCGUUCUGCUACGUCCAGUCGUGUUCUUUGUCUUCGUUAUUAAUUGCAAGUGGCAGUUAUUUCUUGACAACACUUGCGACAACGAAUUCUUUACUUGCGAACAACAAAUCAAAGUGGUGCAGUUAAAUAGAAAUAACAAUGGCAGGCAAUUUCAAGGAGUUCAUAAUAUUUAUUAAUGAAGUGACGGGCCAGUGCCCAACUACUAUUUCAAAGUAUUUUCAGGAUGUGUUUAUUUAUGUUCCGAGAAAUAAAAUUCCUCCGCAAAGCUUGCCUCCGGGCACGUGUACUGAGUCUGAUCGUACCCUCGGAUUACAACAUCUCCAAACUUUUUUCUCAUCUAGAAACGAGUUUUCCAAACUUCUUAAUAACCAAGGAUGGGAACUAUUGGUGGAUCAUUUAGGAAUAGAACUAUUAAGAUUUUGCUUACAGGACUGUGUAUUUGCCAAAAGAACAAGGACAGGGGCUUACAUGGUUUCAUGCUUGACGGAGUUGCAUGGAAAAAUACGAUCUUUUCCCUAUAACGAAUUGCAUGGGCUUUUUUUUGUUUCAUUUAACUGUAGCAAAGAGCAUACAUCUGACAUCCAAAAAUCUACAAAACCCAACAAUGAUAAUGUGCAGAAAACAUCAAAUGAUCCGGAACACUUAUUUAAUGCCAAACAUCUAGAAAUAUGCACAGAUAACAUGAUACUUAGAAUAUCUCAAACAUCUAAAUUCCCAGAUGACCAUAUACUGGCGAAUAAAAAUUCUGAAGUGUCCAUAUCAUCACAGGUCAUUGAGACAAAAGUAGAAAAAGUUUCACCCGUUGGAUGCAAGGAACAUGUCACGGCACUCGAACCAAUACUGAAGAGAUUGAGAAAACUGAAUAUGAAAUAUAACUAUGAAAGCGAAUUGGCUAAAUUGAUGGCUGUGGAAAUGGAAUCUGAUAUAAUAGUGAGAAGAUGGCCUGCUAUUUGCCAAGAGCUGCCACUUGUCUUAUUGAAGCAAUAUUUUACAAACAUUUGCUGUCGAAUUAUUCCACCAGGAUUGUUGGGAAGCCACAAGAACCGAAAUAUUCUUGUGAAAAGUAUCUGUAACUUGCUGGAAACUCCAAACCGCCAGUCCAUAAAUCUGAUGCCCUACAUCCUGAAGUUGAAAAUAUCAGACCUCGAGUGGCUGGAUGAGAAAAUAAAUUCAGAUACACGAUUGAUUAUUGCUGGUAAACUGUUCAAGUGGCUUUAUGAGAAGCUUAUACUGGAGAUAUUUCGCACUCAGUUCUAUAUAAUAGUAACUACCGGCACAAGGAAAGUUUAUAUCAGGCGAAUUGAUUGGAUUAAUUCGAUGAAAGGUUGUGUGCUGGAAAUGUGUAGACAAAAAAUUAUCGGUAAGAUCGAUGGCAUGUAUACAACAGAGUAUUACGACGGUAGAUGGAUAUUUUUCCCAAAGAAGAGAGGAAUAAGACCAAUAACAUCCUCAAUUAAGACGUCUAAGCAACAGGCUGCAAAGGCCCUGUGCUUUCUCCAGCAACUGUAUUGUAAAAAAUAUGGACCGACAGGAAAAGUAGUUUUUUUUCAUAAAUGGAAUGAUUUGGUUGAUAGGUUCCGCAACAAUAACAAAUCUAUUUAUCUAGUGCGCUGCGAUAUCGAAUCUGCCUAUGGAUCAAUUGACCAAAGAAAACUAGUCGCAAUUGUGGAAUCACUUGCAGAAUCUAUUGAAAGUACACUAUUUCUCACGCAUUACGAAAUUUCAAGAAAUCUUAAUGCGGUAAAAAACGGCCAUGCUAGAGUAAAGCAAUAUUUUUUGCCUCCUGAACUCGAGAUGCCUCUAGCUCCUGGUGCAAUAUUUGCUUCCUGCCCUAGGGGCGUCCAAACAAUCAGCAAAAAGACAUUGCUUGAGGAGAUAAAAUCCCGUAUCCUUAAGCAAGUAGUACGGAUAAAAAAUCAACAUUAUUUACUCCAGAAAGGGAUUGCCCAAGGUGCUAUUUUGUCACCUAUAUUGUGUGACAUAUAUUAUGCCAAUAUGGAAGAAACAGAAUUGGCUCAGUUCAAAAAUGAAGGUUCCCUUUAUCGAUAUGUAGAUGAUAUUAUAUAUGCGACAGAAAAUCAAGCAUCGGCUGAACGAUUUCUGGAGAUAGUGAAGCAGGGCCUUCCGAAUUAUAGUUGCCGUUUCAACAUUACGAAAACCAUGACAAAUUUACCUGGCCACAGACAUGUUUACACACCUCUGGCGUUUCUAGGCUAUAAUAUAAAUCCUAGAACGCUCGAAGUGACUCCAGAUUAUUCUACGAACAUACGGUACGUGACGGCCUUGUCAAAGAUAUCGGGUCAGAAAUCUUUCACUGUAUUCCGGAAGAGACUAACUAACUUCGCAUCCCUUAAAUUAGAUGCUUUAAUUCUCAAUGCCAAAAUUAACAGUUCAGAGACUAUCAUUCAUAACAUCAAGUGUACGUUUGAGAGACAAGCAGAGCGCUGCUUAUGGCUUGUGCGGGCGUUAAUAGACGAUAUACCCAGUCGACGCAUUGAUAUUUUCAAUCAAAUCAGAACUACAAAUAUACGGAUAAUUCGAAGAGUACAACGGCAUUUUCGUGCAAAUGGAUAUGAUUUUGAAGCAUUAGUCCCUGAAUUGGUAAUGGUACCAUGGAAAUCAUAUAGGAAAGUGUUUGGAAAAGCGCAAACCAUUCACGUUCAUUUUCGAUCCCUCUUUCUUGGGUGUAUAGCGUCCAUCAACCGCAGUAAUAUAAAGCCGAAACGCACCCCCCUGUGCGUUGAGAUUCAAGACUGAAAGCGUCAAAUGUCCGCUGUGAUGCCGAUCGUAGGAGUUUUGGACUGUUUUGCCUUUAUGAUGUAUAACUUCUAAAUAAAUUCGUUAACUAAU